AUGCGGCCCCAUGCUCCCCCGCCAGACCUUGAGAAUCAGCGCGCACCCCUUAAGCGUUCGUUCACGUGGCCAAAGCUGAUGAAGCGCGGCAGUGAUCUUGCGGGAGGAUUCCUGGGCGCAGCGCUCACGCCUCCUUGCUUUACGGGCUCGCCUGACGAACUUGAUUUCACCUCGGACGUAGAGGCGCAACCGCAGAUUGUAGUGUUGCCUCAUGACUUAGAAAUGCGACCGAAGCGAGGUUCCGCAGCGAUGUCGUUGCAUGACGUUGAAGCACAGGGGCGCCCGAAGAAGGUGAGCCCGUUCCAGAAGGUCAGGACGCUUCUCCGCUUCACUAGAGCUCAAGAAACAACAGAAAAGCGUUCGCGAAAUCGUCCGAGGUCGUUGGAUGUGAAUAAAGCGAACGCCUUUGUCGAAGUGGAGGCUACUGAGUCAAGUGUGCGUCCGCCACAUACGGGCUUUCGGCGCAGCCGGCCACAACCCCGUCCCCUUGACGAAGACCACACUUCUUCUCUGUAUCCAGCUAUUCCUACGUCGCCUCCUCGUUCACCGACUGUAUCGCGCGUUCCAAACGCGCAAUGGAACCGCUCGCCCGCGUCUGCGCAGUCCCUUCCAGUUCUCCGCCCGCGCCCGCUGUCCGAUGGGCCCAUGGGGCACAGCUAUUCUCCAGUUUCCGCUCGUCCCACUGGAUUUGAGUACUUCCUCCCGUACGAGGACUAUCCGCGAAAUCGUAGGUCCAUGUUAUCCCUCGCUUCAACGCUCUGCGAGGCGGACGAAGCGGCAAACACGAGAAUUACGGAGCGUGUGUUUACAUAUACGCCUAAUGAGACGUAUGUGAUUAAUGUUGAGAAAAAGGCCAAGGUCAAGUGGUACAAAAAAGGUGCGAAGCACGUGAAGCGGUUCUUCAAGGAUGCAUAA